ACAUUUUCCACCAAACGCAACCUGUUGUGGUGACAAGGCGCUGCCGCGAAAAAUUCGAAUUCCUCCAUCAUCCAGCAGAAAGAUACACGCACGACCUGCGACCAUCGAUACCAUCGAUACAGAGCACCACCACCGACUCAAGAGCAGCACCAGCAGCAUCUCCACAUCAGCCCAGCGGGCAGCAUAGCGAGCCACCAUGGCAGCACGCGUCAAAGCUGACAUGCGCCGCAUGAUGGAAGAGAAGGCGAGGCGAAGGCGCACGAGGCAGAGUAACGCCGUGAGACUGGGAGAUGGCCCUCGCACGACCGAGCUUCCAAGCCGCAACACAUCCCAGCCCACCUCCACGCGGACAUCGGACAUUGCACCCAUCGGCGAUGCCAUCCUCGCACAAGAACUGACAAAGCCGCCUCUCAAGAGCGGCACCAGCUCACACAGCAUCAGCAGCACUCGCGGCAAGAGCAGCGGUCGACCCAGCAUUGGCCGCCGCCGCAGCUCCUUCGCCCCACAGGACCUCGUCAACAACCCCUUUGGCGGUGACAUGCUGCUGGCUGAACAGGAUGAGGAAAACGCUCCCGAGCGCAGUGUACCGAAACAGCACGGCAAGCGGGCCCCGCCGCCUGUCGCACCCAAGCGACACAAAGGUGCACCUGUGCAGCGGCAGGACUCAAGGGCCGCCCUCGGACAGCUGCAGACCAGCACUGAGCGUGCGUACUCCAAACCAGCCGUGACUGCCCCACGCGCCACGGACAAGGGCAGGCGAAGCACGUUCAAGUUUGGAGAGGCAGACGCAGACGCAGCCGCAGAGGAUGAUGGCACGAAGGGCGUGCGUCGUCGCCCAAAGAAGCAACAGCAGCAGCAGCAGCAACAGCAGCAGCAGUAUUCCUCCAGCAGCAGCACUGCUCCCAGUGCCAUCAGCAAGCGCCUCACUCGGCGCGCGUCUGUGGAAAGCUGCCGUGAGUCUGCAUACAUGGCGGACGCCCUGCCGUACUGCAAGAUCCUCAGCAGCGAGGAAGACGCUGAGCGGGAGACAGAGGUGGAUGGGGAUGACAGUGUGGAUGAGAGCCGCAUGGAUCAAAGUGAUCACGGCGACGAAGGCUCUGUUGCAGUGGAUGGCGGGAACAAAGACGCUGUGCGCGGCAUGCAGGACAACUCGGCCGACAUGAGUGCAGACUCGAGCUACUAUGAGUUCCUGGUUGGUCGCCGCCGCUCUGCAGCACCGUCAGCCACAGCCACAACCGCAGAUACAGCCACGAGCAGCAGCAGUGGUGUGAGAGACGCACGCAACAUGGACCAGGCUGAGGGCGGCGAGGAUGAUGAUGAUGAUGUUGACUGCGAGGAUGAUGUGAACGACGCUGAUCAGAGCAUUAUCAAGGGCACGGCAAUCGAGUCUGUGCCCCGCACCAGCAGCACAGACAGUGAUGAUGCAUGGCACGAAGUGGAGACGCUUGCCGAGUUUGCAGGCACGCCCGUGCCGCCAAAGCCAAAGCGCCACCACCGUGGUGCCGAGGCACGCGCAGCCAUCGAACACAGCCACCAUGCACACGACAAGGACGACGAAGAACAAGACGUGCAGGGUCGCCUGAAAGGCAGUGGGAACCGGCAGCUGUCGAUGGAGCAACGUGAGUUUGCAACUGCAUUGUCCAAGACAGCGUCCGUGCGCGGUCGUUCCAACUCCAUCUGCAUGGAUGCCCCCGUGUCCCAGCAGCAACACCGCAGCAGCAACCAAGCGGAUUCCGAUGAUGAUGGUGACGAUGAUGAUAUGGUUGUGCCUGCAGACAGCUCGGCUCACUCGCGGCACCUUCGUGCGAGCCAGCCGAACCUGAGCAAGCGCCGUCGUGCCAGCAACGCUUCUGCCUCCCGCCUUGCAGCUCGCAGCGAGGUUGCACUGGAUCGGGUUGGCCUGAACGAGGCAUUGUCACCGCCUGACUCGCGCAUGAUGUCCCCGCGUCGCGCGUACCUGUGCUCGCCAAACUUUGAACGCACAGCAUCUGUGCUUGUUGGCCGCAAGUCAUCUGAUACCAACCACGAGCUUGAACGCCACGAGAAAGUAAUCACUGCAACAGAGCGCAUGUGUCAGUUUUAUUCCGAGGCCGACAGUAUCGAGCCCCUCUACCACAGGAAGGCGGCGCAGGUCGCACGCGCAGCCAUUCUGGCAAAGAGCGACGAGGGCAAGGUCGAUACAGCGCUGACCCGGACGGUGACACUGACGCAGAUUCGGCUGCGGUUGCACUGGUGGGCAACCAUCCCCAACCGUGAGGCGUCUUCCUUCUUUCUGUUUGUGACACUCCGGUACAAGGACCAGUCAUUUGCCACCCGCAUGGUUCGUGUGGACGGCAGCAGCGACGCCACAGAGGUUUCCUUGCGGGACACCAUCUCCUUCGAGAACGUGGAGCCGGGCUUCACCGUGGAGGCGCAAGUGUACUGCUACACAUUCACGGACCCAGAGCGCGUGCAGGCACAGCGCCGGGUGAGCACGCCCAAAAAGGCCAUGGAACGUAUGGGCCAGGCUGCGCGGCACAUUCGCAACGCAACACCACGGAAGCUCAAGAAGUUCAGGCAGAUUAUUUCGUCAAAACUCAGCGAGCUCGCGGAUUCGCGUUCAAGCCGUGCUGGGUCGCGUGGUCCAGCAACGCCCGAGCGCCCAGCUCGCCCACGCACGCGUGAGGGCACAACUCGCGACAUCACAAAGGACUUUGUGCAGUUGGCUGAGUUCAAGCUGACGCAGAGCGACAUGGGCGACCACCACCUUGACCUGACGCUUGUGCACGGCGAGGACCACCCUGUUGGGGAUGUUGUGUUUGUGUCGUCGCGCAUCUCCGCUGUGCAGACGGAUGACUACGAGGGGUUCCUCACCUUCAAGACAGACUGUGGCUGGGAGCGCUUCUGGACCGUGCUCAAGAACGGCGUCAUGUCCCAGUACACGCAGAUUAAGCCCCGCCAACUCCUGGCGACGACGGACCUGUCCACCUUGCCCCCAAACACACACGUACAACGUGUGUCUCGGCAGGAGUGUGCACGGCACCAUUCCUUUGAUCUUCGCGCACUGAGCCCAAUUGCAGAGGAGAUUGUGCUUCUGCGGGUUGCCGGCGACUCAAAGGAGCACCAAACCGCUUGGCGUGCUGCGCUUUCAAACACUCUCACUCGCCUUCAAGCCUGGUCCACCGCCUAACUCCCGACAGCCAUCAAAGCAACCCACUCACACCACACCAAACACCACACACCACACACCACACCACCACACUCGUUCGCUUCCUGCUUGUUCUGCUUACUCGAUCCAGCAAAGUGUGUUUCUGUUGAGGAGAAAUUACAAAAGUCUUCCA